ACUCUAGCAUCCAUGGUUCAUGCUUCAGUGUUGUUGCUCCCGGUGAGGCUGCCUCUGUCUCUCAAGCUAAUUGACCUCGGAAUUAACCCUUAAAUCACGGCAAAUAACGCCGGUAACUCGGUGUAUAGUGCGGGGCACAUUGUAUAUUCAACUUUCGUAGUGUAAGGGAAUAUUAUGAAUUCCUUGCGACCUUUAUUCCCUCGGCUGCCUCGGAUAUUAGGUUCAUAUAAGGGGCUGACAGUCUUCCUAAGUACACACCUUGGGGCACUUGGAGAAAAUGAGAAUGUUGAAAGUAAUUUUGUCAACCGUAAUCCAAGAAAUAUGGAAAUGCUUCGACUUGCUCACAAGCCUCAAGGCUGGGAACUUGAAGCUUCAUCUCCAAAAUACUGGUAUAAAUUGAAUCUGGAGCAAAGCAAUCGACACACUACGGGUCAAGUUGUUCACUACACAGGCACCAUUGUUGUCUCUGCCUCAACUCGAGAGUGGUCCAUCAAACAGCAGCUGUACUCCACUGCAGAUGUUAAUGCUGCAGAAAACAUUGGACGUAUUUUGGCUCAAAGGUGUUUAGAAUCUGGGAUUACCGAAGUCUACACUGAACUUGAGCAAUUUAAAGACUCGUCUGAGAAGAUUCGAGCUUUCUUGUCUGCUGUGACAGAAGGUGGUGUUUGUCCUAAAGAAUCCUCUACUAUCAAUGAAGUGGAUGUUCAAAGAUGGGCCUGGACUUCCCCAGUGUUACCCUGGCAUAUGCCAGAGGAGAAAGCUCUUGAUAAGGAACUGGAAACAAAUGUAGAGUAGCAGUUUUUUUUUACAUAACAUUGUACAUAUCAUUAAAUUUGCACACAAGGUUACAAAUUGUUUUCAAAAUUAAAAAUAAAUAAAAAUUUAUUUGUACCUCAAA